AUGUCGUCCAAAAUCGAUGAUAUGGACGACGCGUUCCGCGUCCUCUCGCUUCCUAUUACAGCGACCGAGGCCGAAAUCAAAAAGGCGUACCGCAAACUCUCACUCCGCUACCAUCCGGACAAAGCUGGCAAAGAUGUUGACCCGGUCAAAGCGGCAGCUCGCUUUCACGAGAUAAAUCUGGCCUAUGAGACGCUCAUGGAUCCUGCUGCACGAGCGCGUGCUGUGCAGAGGAACGCUCAAGAAGCUGCCAAACAAGAACGACAAGAACAGUAUCAAGGAAGGCGACGACAGAUGGCUGACGAGCUCGAGCGCAACGAGCAGCAAGCUACGCAGAAGCGCCAGGAUGCUGAUAAGCAAGCGAGAGAACGCAUAGCUAAGAUUGCCAAGCUGCAGGCAGAGUCACGCGAAUUGAUCAAACGCAAGCAGCUAGAGAUGGAGGACAUAGCGAAUCAGACGCAACAAGCUCUCGCCGACAAGAAAAGGAAGGAGGAAGAGCGAUUGAAAGCGGCGAGAGAACCGGAGCUGCAUCCGCUUGAUAAGACAGUGAGAAUCCAGUUCCCAUCUUCACAGCUGGCUCAACUCACAGGCAUUGCAGAUGCCACCAAGGCUCCAGAGGAUCCGCUAACAACGCCUUUGGCAAGGACUCUGUCAAACCAAUUCGGAGAGCUGGAUCACUUGCAAUUCCAACUACCGUCACCGGGAAAGAAGUUGAAGAGAGAACUGAUGGCUCUGGCAACUUUCAAAGAGCUACCUAGUGCAUGGCAAGCGGUGGUGACGGGAGGCGAGAUGCGAUGCACCGGAUUGCUCGAGGAGUGCUUCAUCGGCUGGGCUCAGUACAGCAGGAAUAGCAAAACAAAGGACAAGAUCUAUGUCGAGCCCAAGAGGGUUGUUUGGUACAGAGAACACGGAAUCUUGCAACCGCGCGAUAUUGGUCGUAUUCGACCCACUGUCAUGCAAGUCGAGGACACGAGCACGGAGCAACGCCCAACAGAGUCUCCAUCGUCAUCAUCUGUCUAUUCGAAAGCAUACGAAGCUCGUACUUUACAAAGACUCAGAGAUGCAAUACAGCAGCCGUCUCUGGCUCAAGCUCAAGCUGCUCAAUAA